AUGGACAAUGUUGAUUGGGACCUCUCUUCUAUUGUGCGUAGUUGUAAAUCUAACACCUUUGCUAAUCCUCCCCCAUUUUGUGAAACUCCACCUCAAAACCUAACCACCACCAUCACCACCACCACCAAUAGUAUUGUAUCCCCCGUAAACAUCACACCAUUAAGCUUUGAUGAUUCUAUUUUUAACCAAGAAAAUAGCUCAGUUGCAAAUACACAAACAAUGGAUAAUGAUUGGGAUCUCACUUAUAUUGUGCGUAGCUGCAAAGCUACCACCUUUACAAAUCCUUCUACCUUUUGUGAAACUCCACCUCAAAACCUAACCGCAACCAUCACCGCCACAACCACUAAUAGUCGUGUAUCCCCUAUAAACACCACACCAUCUUGUUUUGUUGAUAUUACAUCUAGCCAAGAAAAUAGUUCAAUUUCUUUUACCCCACUUAAACCAAAUGACUCCAUAGAUCUAAAUAAAUUGAGGGCUAGUUUCAACUCCACAACCCAUAUCCCCACCGCCACCAGUAUCCCAAUCACCUUUACCAGCACAACCUCAAUCCAUAUCACCCCCAAUACCAUCACUAACAAUAACACUAGUGUUCAUGUACCCAAUGAAAAUUCUACCUCUUUUGAUUUUUCCACACUCAUCAACCAACAUCAAAUGCAACCAAGUGAGUUUAUUGAGAAAGAUAGUUUUAUAUCCAUAUUCAAUCCCACCACCUCUAUCCUCACCCUCGGAACUACUAUGACCACAUCUGCCAUCACUCCUCCCACCACCUUCACUACCCCAACAACCACUAUCAACACCCAUACCAUCACUCCUACACAUCGCCAACAACCAAAACGUCAAUCAAGAAAACGAAAAAAUAAAAAUCUUGUGACAUCGGUGUGCCAUGUGAAGGUGGAUAAACUUUCAGAAGAUCAGUGGCAAUGGAGAAAAUAUGGACAAAAACCCGUUAAAGGGUCACCACAUUCAAGGAACUACUACAAAUGCAGCGGUUCCAAAGAUUGUCCAGCUAGAAAACAAAUUGAAAAAAGCAAAAUCGAAGAGAACACUUAUGUUGUAACAUAUCGAGGAAAGCACAAUCACCAAAAACCAGAAGUUAAACAAAACUCUAAUAUUGGGACCUCUCGGAACAACUCAUCAGAGGUUAGAUUACCCAUUGUCAGACAAGCUGGAUCAUCCCAAAUAUUCAAAAACUUGAGUUCUCCUAAUGUGGGGAUGGUGCGGUUUGAUCAGUCGGAGAGUAACAUUGCUCAAGUUCUCGACGUUCAUUCAAAAAUUGAACUUAACGAGAGUCAAUCACAUGUUGUCGGAGAAGCAGGAUCGUCCCAAAAUGUUCAAAAAAUAGAUACACAUAACAUGAUGGUGUUACAACGUGAUGAGCUAGAGAGAAGCAAUGCUCAGAAUUUUCUUGGUGAAUUAGAAAUACCUUAUUCUGAAACAAAUUUUAUUGAAAACAAUAAUGACGAUGAUGACAUCUUGAUACCAAAUAUGUCAGUUAUGUCAAAAGAUUUCCUACUAGACUUCAAUCACCUCAAUGGUGGUUAUGUAUUACCUUAG